AUGCAAGAGCCCGGGUCCUUCGGGGGCUCCGCACUGUCAUCAAGGCCUCCGAGACAGCGGCAGGAGCGAACUGUUUACAGCAAAGAGCAGCAGCAGGAGCUGGAGAAACGCUUCCAGAUGAACCAGUACCCCACCUACGUGGAGCGCGAGGCCCUGGCAGCCAGGCUCAACCUGCGGGAGCAGCAAGUGCAGGUGUGGUUCAAGAACCACAGGGCCAAAUACUCAAGAUUGCAGGGACUGUCCAGGCGGCGAGGCCGGGGACUCAGCGCUGCACCCAGGGACCCAGGAGCCCCCCACCCUGUGCCCGGCCCUGUCCCUGCGGGUCCCGUGCUCCCAGGGGCCCACCCAGGAUUAGGCAGCCCCGCUGUGCCCAGUCUCGCGAGACUCCUCGCAGCAUCAGAGCCCAGAGUGUCCUGUCCCGGCCUGGCCUGGUGGGUCACUGCCCGAGCCCCAGCCCCAGCUCAGGCCCCAGCCUGGUGGGCUCCCGAGCAGCAUGCCCAAGAGGAGGUCCCCGCUGCCCCUGGCCCAGUCCCAGUUCAGGCCCCAGCUUGGUGGCCCCCCAGGCAGGGUGCCCAGGAGAACGUCCCAUCUGUGCCAGCGCCAGUCCCAGCUCUGGGCACGGCCUGGGGGUUCCCAGCGCCAGGAGCCCAGGACGAGGUCCCCGCUGCACCAGCUCAGGCCCCAGUCCCGGCCUGGGUGCACGACCCCUACGCCUCGGCCUUCUCACCAGAUCCUGCGCGUGAAGCGGAUUUCAGCCCACUCUUCUCGCUACCAGACUCUUUCAAGGGACCCCCCUCAUCUGUGGUGUCCCGGUACCCAGAGGGAGAUGACUGUGAGGAUGAGGACUCCUACCCCAAGACAUUACUGGAUUUAUAG